AAAUCAAAUUUAAAAGCAAAAACCAGAGUACAAAAUUCAUAAGCAUCAAUUUACAACAGCAACAAAAACAAAAGCAAAAGCAAAUAAAUAAAAUAUCGACAAAUAUCAACAAGCUAAAUAAUCAAUAAAUAUAUAUAUAUAUAUAUAUUUAAACAAUAUAUAAAGAAAUACAAAUAAACAACGCAUACAACAAAUACAAAUUUACAAAUUACAAAUUUACAAAUUUUUCUAACAAGAAGUCGAAGUCUGAGACACAGCCACAGCACAACAACAACAAAAAAAAAAAAAAAACGAAGGAAAUUUGCAAAUUAUUAUAAAUAUGUAUAACAAAUCAAAUUAAAAAAAAUCAAUUUCUUAGCUGCCGUUUACAACAACAACAAAAUAAACAUCUUCAACCACGAAUAAAGUACAAAAACAAGAUUUUGAAUUUUCAAACUUACAAAUUUUUAACAACAAUUUAAUAGUAGCACUUUUACAACAAACAAUAUUAAUAUCAAUUAUAUAAAAAUAUUUAUAUAAACUCGUAAACGAAUAUUAAGCUUAAGCAAUAAAUUACAUAUAUUAUCAAAUACAAUUUUACAUAAAUAACAACAACAAAAGCAAGCACAAACAACCAGUGAGUUCAAAAUACAAAUUACAAAUCUAAAAAAAAUUACAACAAAUAUUAUAGUGAUUUAUUAAAAAGAAAUCAUACAAAAUCGUAAUCGAAGAAAAACUACCUCAAGAGCAGUGAGCGUGUACAAAAAAAGAACUAAAGAAAAUUAAGAAAAAUUACAAAUAUUUAGCUAGUGUGAAGAGAGCAUAUUAAACAGUGUAUAAGCCGAACUUUUCGUACUGCCCUCGUCCCUUUCCCCUCAACGCAGCGCAGUGUCAAAGAAGCUGCGCAGUCAUGCAACUCUGCGGACUUAAAUGGCGUCUUCAAUAAUCGCACAGAGCAGCACAGGCGGCCCCGUCGACUCGACAUCGGCAACCAGCAGCAGCAGCAGCAGCAACACAUUGCCGGCAAUCUCAGCAACAGUUGCUUCAGCAGCUGCUGAUCUCCACAAUACGCAUCUCAAUCAGUUGAGCAGCCUCAGUCAUCACUAUACGACGCCGUAUCAUCAUCAUCACUACCAGCAGCAUCAACAUCAGCAGCAGCAACAUCAGCAGCAGCAGCAACAUCAGCAGCAUUACCAGCAACAGCCAACGCAAGCGGAGCAACAUCCUCAACAUUGGGAUUACUAUGCACGUCAGCAGCCAGCGGCGUCUGCCAACAGCAACAACAACAAUAAUAGCAAUAGCAACGGUAACGGCAACGUCAACAACGCGAGUGACAACAACAAUCGGAGCAGCAAUACAAAUGUUGCAGCCCCUUUGGGCAGCAACAGCAGCACUGCUAAUGGCACUGCUGCCAGUGUCAACAAUGGCCACAGUCACGGCCACGGCCACGCCCACAAUCAUCACGUCCAUGGCGGACACAGUGAUGCCAAUAAUGCCGUUGCUGUUGCCGCCACCGCCGCCAAUGUCGCAGUAGGCGCCAACGGCAACAAUUCCAACUCGAACUCGAAUUCAAAUUCAAACUCCAACGGCAGCUAUACACGUCCCUGGGAAAUGGAGUCCAAGGAUAGCGUGCCACCGCAUCAACAACAACAGCAACAGCAACAACAGCAGCAGCAACAACAAGUACAAUCUCAAUCACAGCCGAAGAGCGGCUUUGAGCCAUUCUCAAAGUUGCCCUCAUUCCAGAGUCAAUUUCAUGGCUUCAACGAGCAACUGUUGCCCGAUGGCACGCCCAUGCCCAUGCCCAUUGGUGCCACAGCAGCAACAGCUGCCGCAGCAGCAGCAGCUGCAGCCGCCGCAGCUGGAGCUGCCACAGCGGGAAUCAGUUCGCUACAAACGGUGGCAAUGUCACCAGCCAGCAUCUCAGUGAGUUCGCCGGGUAUGAUGAGCGUGGGAUCACCUUUAACCCAGCUGCCAGGGAUGCAGACAAGCAUAACACCACCAUCGGGCAGCUUUACACCACUGGGUGCACCACCGCCACCGCCAAAUGCAUUUCACCACAUGCACACGCAUCAUCGGGCAGCGGGAGCAGCGGCAUAUCCUCUAAUGCCGGCAGCAACAGCAGCAUUUGGGGAUCUGCAACUGUAUCAACCGCUGACGCCGGGAUUUGCACCACUGAUCAAGAAGGAGCCGGGCACAACAUUGACGUCCGCCGUGGAUUACGAUAUGCUAACGGGCAUGUCUAUCAAGAAGGAAGACUUUGAUCUCAGCAACAGCAACACGCAUCUGCAACAUCAGCAGCAGCAACAGCAACAUCAGCAGCAGCAGCAGCAGCAACAUCUACAGCAGCAGCAGCAUCUACAACAGCAACAUGGUCAUCCACAUGCCGGACUGGGCGUGGCUGUUGGCAUGCAUACGCCCACAUCGUAUGACGGCAACAACAGCAACAGUUUCCCGCAUGCGGCAAGCAGCAGUGGCAGCCACACGCCGCACACAACACAGCCGCAUACGCCGACGCCGUCAGCAGCGAUAGCCGCCAUCAAGGUGGAGAAGCUGCUCAAGUCGCCGAUAGCACGACACGAGGCGCGGAAAAAAGAAAGACGGAAACCGAGGCCCAACUCAUUGGAGUCCAGUGCUGAGAGCGAGGCCAGCGGCAUGGACGUUGAUCCCAGUGGCGGUAAUCCGGGCCAAGUGGACGCCGUCUCCAGCACGGCCAACUUCAAGAGUCCGAUGAGUGCGCUCGGCAUGGGCGAUAGCAACGAUGCGAAUGCCAAUGGAUGCGAUAAACAGUCAAAGAAGAAACGCAAACGUUGCGGCGAAUGCAUCGGCUGCCAACGCAAGGACAACUGCGGCGAAUGUGCCCCAUGCCGCAACGAUAAGAGUCAUCAGAUCUGCAAGCAACGUCGCUGCGAGAAGCUCACCGAGAAGAAGGAACCCAAAGCCAAACCCAUCAUCUAUGGCGCUGACGGCCAACCCGUUCGCCCCGAUGCGAAGCGUGGGCGUGGCAAGGGCAAAACAGGUGGCGCCAAUGCCGCUGUCGCAAAUGCCACAGCAGUUGCCGCUGGCAAUGGAACACCAACAACUGGGUCACGCGCCCGCAAAACCUCCACCAAAGCAAAUAAACUGAAUGCAGCCGCUGGUGCCAUUGCCGCCGCCGCAACAGCAACAUCGCCACGUUUGAGUCCAGUGCCUGCAGCAACACACUUGCCGCAGCAAUCGCCAAAUACAACAACGACAACAGUUGCCGCAGCAGGUGGUAGCUUGCAGCAGCAGCAACAAUAUCAGCAGCAGCAACAGCAGUUGCAACAACAAUUGCUGACACAUCAGCAGCAGCAGCAGCAACAGCAGCACUAUCAACAGCCGCAGCAACAUUUCCAGCAGCAGCAACAUUUGCAACAGCAGCAGCAGCAACAACAACAACAGCAGCAGCACGCACAACAGCAGCAACAACACCAGCAGCAACAUUUGCAUCAGCAACAGCAUCAAAUAACCGCACAAAUACAAACCAUGAAGGAUCAACCGCAACAACCAAUGGCACCCAUGGCCUUCUAUCCGACAUGGCAGGCGGAUCCAUCGCAGGGCUGGCAGAACCAGUUCAUACAGCAAAUACCACAGAAUACUCCAGCCAUCACAUCGCUCAACUCGUUGGAUUUCCAGACCCAGUCCUACGCCUAUCCAUCAAAUGGCUACGUGCAGACGGGUCUCGGCUUCGAUCCCAACUACGGACGCUCUCCCUACGGAGCGCCAGUGCAGCGCUACGACUUCCAGAGCCAACAGCUGUCGAGUGCGCCCAUUAACCAGGUGGGAUUGCAGAGUGUUGCCGCUGGCUUUGCGCCCGGUGGUGUUAGCUAUGCCGGACAGGUGUCGACGGCGCCUGCGCCACCCACUGUUGGCCUGCAGCAGCAGCAACAGCAGCAGCAGCAGCAUCUGGGGGCUGAUCUGAACAAGAGCAUGUCGGGAAACGACACGCCUGGAUAUCCGCGGGUGAGCAGCGUGCCGCCGCGCUCACUCAACUGUAACGGGUAUCCAGGCGACUACAGCGGAUCCAGCAACAACAACAACAAUCACAACAGCAACAACAACAAUCACAACAACAACAACAGCAACAAAGCGACGACGGCAGCAGCAAGUGUUGCUGCCACGCCCACAGCAGUGCCCGUAGUCAGUGGUGCCUCCAAUGCAGUGGUAGCCCAACCAGCCAGCUCUCCCAUGCAACCACAGACCCAAUCGGUGCCCCAAUCGCCCACACGCAGCCUCAUCCAGCAGCAGCAGCAGCAGCAGCAACAACAGCAGCAACAUCAGCCACGCCUUGUCUCGCAAUCGCCCAACCAAGUGCCGCCCUCUCCGAACGGAAAUGGACUGCAGCCUUAUGGGAGCAGUGUGCAGACACAGCAUCUUGGCUCACCGCCCAUGCAGGACUGGAACUGGAGCAAUCAGCAGCCCCAGCAGCAGCAGCAGCAACAUGCGUCGCCAGCAGCACAACAGCAACAGCAACAGCAACAGCUGACGAGCGAUGGUUAUGCGGCGCAGGGUCAAGGCGAGAGAUUGCAUCUGAAUACGCGCAUCAAGUCGAUGAUCAUGAGGAAGAGUGACUCAAAGGAUGCGCCACCCGACAUUCAGCUGCAGGGACAGGUGACAGCGUCAUCUGUCGCCCAGCAGCAGCAACAGCAGCAGCAGCAACAGCAGACCGGUCAUUUUUUAUCGUAUAGCCACCAUCUCCGGCCCGAGACGGCGCUGAGCGCCAAUGGGUCGAGCAGCGUUGCGCCUCCGGGCGCUCUGGGCGUUGCCGAGCCCAUCGGAGGUGGUGGCGAUCAAAUCUGGAAGCCGCACCACGCCAACUCCUUUAAGAAGCCAACCGUUGGUGUUGGUCUUGGCGUUAACAGCGGCUAUGCCGGCACGGAUCAUCAACUGCAGCUGCAGCUGCAACAACACCAGCCAGGACAACACACGACCAUCAGCCAUGCGGAGGCACCGCCCCAGCCCGCCAUGCCCGCCAUGCCCCCCAUCCAGCCACCGGUGCAGCCUCAACCCAAGAAGUCGCGCAGUCGCAGCAAGGCGAGCCGAGCUGCAGCAGCUGCCGCCGAAGCAGCCGCCGCUGAGAUCGAAAGGGAUCGCAAUGCCAAUGAUCCGGGUGGUGGAGGAUUAAAGGCGCUUGGCGCCCACUAUCCGCCACCGCCGGGCAGCAGUCAGGACUAUCACGGGCAAUAUAUCAAGACAGAGCCGGGUCUGUUGCCACCGCCACCAGGUGGACAGCCCAACAAAAUGGAGGGUUACGAGCGCAACUAUCAGAACUUUAUCCAGUACGCCGACUUCUGCCAGAACGAUGGACAGGGUCAGCCGGUGCAGCAGCAUCAGCAUCAGCAGGACUAUGCCGGCUAUCAUCACAAUUCGGCUUAUUAUGGAGCCGGAGCCGGCAGCUUCCAGCAGAACUUCCAGCAGAGCUUUGUGCCGGGCUAUCAGGCAGCUGCGGCAUAUGGCAGCCGUGGCAAGCCGCCAUCGAAUGCGGCUCAUCAUGGAGCACAUGGUCAUGGGCAUGGUAACAGUAUGCUGGAGUUGGACCGCAAGCCGGACACCAAUAGCAUCAUACCACUGCCCACCAACUAUGAGAAGGAUAUACCAGCCCAUGCGUAUCCCAUUCCAGCGCAUCGCUAUGCCCUCGGACAUGGAGCACCGCCGCCACCUCAUCUGAGUCAUCACGGCAUGCUCGAACCGAAGCUGGAGGAUAUGGGCAUGCUGGGACACGGUCAUGGCCAUGGACAUGGCUAUGCCUAUCUGGGCGAGGGUAAGCCCAUUAACAAUGGCUUCUCCUGCUGCCGUCAAGGCGGUACCAGGCCGCCCACAGCGGAGCACCUCAAGGACGGCACCUGUCUCGGUUUGGGCAUACAGCCCAAGGAGGAGCUUCUCGACGAGGAAGAAAUGGCGGAAGCGCACAAUGGCGUCAAGGCCAAGUCGAAGAAACAGAAACAGGAUGAAAUACCCGAGAUAAUUGUCAAGCAUGAGAAGAUCAAUCCCAUGUUCGAUACCACGGAUCGAUUGGAGAAGGGCAACAAGACGGAAAUACCAGAAUGCGAGUGCUUCCAGUCCGACAAGAAUCCGCCCGAGCCGGGCACAUACUACACGCAUCUAGGCACUGCAUCCACGCUGAUGGAGCUGCGACGCGAGUUCGAGGAUCGUUGUCAGUUGACGGGUCGUCAGUUGCGCAUCGAGAAGAUCGUCUACACGGGCAAGGAGGGUAAGACCUCCCAGGGCUGCCCGGUGGCCAAAUGGGUUAUCCGACGCGCCGAUCCCGAAGAGAAAAUUCUGGUGGUGGUAAAGAAGCGACCAGGUCACAGAUGCAUUGCUGCCUACAUUGUGGUGUGUAUGGUGGCCUGGGAUGGCAUGCCACGCCCGGAGGCGGACAAUGCCUAUAAGAAUUUGAUACCGAAGCUCAACAAGUACGGUCUGCCGACAACGCGCCGUUGCGCCACCAAUGAGAAUCGCACCUGUGCCUGCCAAGGUCUGGAUCCGGAGACGUCGGGCGCCUCGUACAGCUUUGGCUGCAGUUGGUCCAUGUACUACAAUGGAUGCAAGUACGCCCGCUCCAAGACGGUGCGCAAGUUCCGACUGUCGGUGAAGAGCGAGGAGACGGCAAUUGAGGAUCAUAUGAACCUGAUUGCCACUCUUCUGGCGCCGGUCUUCAAGCAGGUUUGCCCGCGAUCCUAUGACAAUCAGACAAAGUACGAGCAUGAGGCAUCCGAUUGCCGGCUCGGCCUGGAGCCGGGUAAGCCGUUCUCGGGUGUCACCGCCUGCCUGGACUUUUGUGCGCACUCCCAUCGGGAUCUGCACAACAUGCAGGACGGCUGCACGGUGCAUGUGGCACUGCUGAAGCCCGACAAUCGCGAUAGCCGCCUGCCCGACGACGAGCAGUUCCACGUCCUGCCGCUGUACACAAUGGACGGCACGGACGAGUUCGAGAGCGUCGAGGGGCAGCGGGACAAGCAUCGCACCGGCGCUGUGCAAAUGCUGGACAAAUUCCCCUGCGAAGUACGUGUGAGAUCCACACCGUUGAUACCUUGUCGCCGGCAUGGCAAGAAGCGCAAAGAGGACGAGUCCGCGACGCCGGAUGCCGAGCAGGAUGCUGCCGCAGAUGGCAGCAGCCAGAGCUCCAGCAACGGCGCCCAGCAAACGCAGUCCCAGCAGAGCAGUCCGCCCGCCUUGACCGCUGCUGCGCACAUCAAGAAGGAGAACGGUGCCAGCAACAACAACAACAGCAGCAGCAGCAGCAACAACAACAGCAGCAAGUCAAAGUCCAAGUCAAAGUCAAACAACUCCAGCGCAUCCACGCCAGGCUCGGCGCCUCCAACGACGCCAUCUCCUCGCUGUCAGACGCCGGUCACGAACAAUCCCAGUCCGGCGGGCAGCGCGUUCAGCACGCCGCCCGUCAAUCAGCACGGCGGCAAUCCAAAUGGCAACGGCAACAACAGCACGGCAGCUGGUGGAGUUGCGCCACCCGGAGGUCAGCCCAAUCAGCUGAUGAGCUCCAAUUCGAGCCUGAUGAACAUGGCCACCAUGAUCGACACCUUCACGGACGCCCAGCUGCAGUCCAACCAGAUCUCGAGCACCGUGCUGGACUCGCCCUACUCCUACGACUACCAGACGGGCUCCUACAUCGACUCACGCAACUACUACGGCAACUGGCCACCUCAUGCCAUGGGCAUGGCCGCCGGCAGUGCCGCCUUGACGCCCACAACGCCCACGGCGCCGUUGGUGCAGCAUACGCAUACGGUGACACCGCCAGCAGCAGCAGCAGCAGCAGCUGGAGGAGCAGCAGCAACAGGCAUUGCAGCGACAGCAGCAACAGUUGCGCCUGCAGUGGCUGCCACAGCAACAGCCUUGCCGCCUGCCACGCCCAUCACAGUGACGCCCACGCCUGCACAGCAUGAUGCCAGCAAUGGUUAUACGCCUAGCUACAACAAUCUAACGUCGCCAGUUCUGGGCGUACAGCAGCAACAACAGCAGCAACAACAGCAGCAGCAGCAGCAACAACAGCAGCAGCAACAACAGCAGCAGCAGCAACAGCAACAACAGCAGAGUGGUGUCGAUGUCACCGCCGUUGUUGGUGGUGAGCUAAAGAGUCGCGUCAGCGAGGAGAAUCCCGACUCGACAACGCUGGUCAAUCACUCCCUAGUCGAGAGUAAGUUAACCGCCUUGACAGCCAUGCAACCCAUGACUAAUCUAGCACCACCACUUCAUCACCACCACCACCACCCACACCACCACCAUGCACACCAUCAUCCGCACACGCCAGAGGGUUUCGUGAAGCCAAAGCCACCGCCCAGCGAUUACCAGUACACGCAGUAUCCCAACAACUAUCAGAUGUAUCCGCCGCCACCGCCGCCGCCUCACUCGGCGUACUCCGCCUACGAUGCGUAUCAGAACAUGAACUACAACUACGGAUACCAUCAUCAGGCGUACUCGCCCUACGGCAUGUAUCCACAGCAGACGCCUCCACCGACGCCGCCGCCGCCAUCGCCCAACUGGAAUGUCUACGGACAUCAUCAGAGCUCCGGCGGAUAUGGUGCGACGGGUGGAGCAGCUGCCUCAGCGGGUGGUACACUGCUAGCCACGCAUGGUGCGAUGCCGCCCGCAGCAACAGCAACGCUGGUGAAGCCCACGCUGCCAACAGUAGCGCCAUUGCAGCAGCAACAGCAGCAGCAGCAACAACAGCAGCAGCAACAGCAACAGCAGCAACAGCAACAGCAGCAACAGUUGCCGGUAACUCCGCCUCAAACUAUAUUGCCCGAUCUGAGCAAUGGUCAGCUGACUGAGUCCACGGUUACGCCCACUGCGGUGGCCAUUGCUGAAGCGCCACCUGUCGGCAACCCCAGCAGCAACAACAGCAAUAGCAGCAACAGCAGCGAUGCCAACGCCAACGCAGCAGCAACCGGCGGCAACACAACGACAACUGUUGCUCCGGCCAGCACGAAUUCGAAUAAAAUCGAGCCCAUUGGCGAAGUGGCCGAGAUCAAUGAGAACAUUGAAGCGUUUCAGGAUCCACAAAUGGGUGGUGUGGCCAUUGCCCUCAAUCAUGGCAGCGUGUUGAUCGAGUGUGCCAAGCAUGAGAUGCAUGCAACGACAGCUGUACGGCGACCGGAUCGACAUCAGCCGACGCGAAUGACGCUGAUCUUCUACCAGCAUCGUAACUUGAAUCGUGCCAGGCACGGCAUCGAUGAGUGGGAGGAGAAGAUGCGCGUCAAGAAGAUCAACACGGACCUCGACAACAAAGCCAAAGAGGAGCGCGAGCGAUUGCUGAAGAAGGCAGCCGGCGAGGAUGACGAUGAUGAGGAGAUGCAUGAUGAGCAAUUGACGGCGACGACGGCGCCACCGAUGCCCAUUAAGAAGGAGACCAAUGGCGGUGGUGCCAUCAAGAAUGGCGCUAGUGGCAGCAAAAAGAAGAAAAGUGACACUAGUAAAAAGUCGCAAUCAAAUAACAACAACAAUAAUAACAACAGCAGCAGCAACAAUAAUAACAACAACAACAACAACAGCAGCGAGCAGCCAAAAAACGAGAAAGUUGCCCUCCACGCACCAACACUAACAACAACGUCGUGGACGACCCUGUUUCCUAUGCACCCAUGUGUGGUUACGGGGCCCUAUCAGGAGGGCAAUAGCAGUCCAACAUCGUCCACGAAUGGCAGCUCCAACGGCAACGCCAACACCAAUGGCAACAAUGGCACCAAUCCCAAUGGUCCAACACCCCAACAGCAGCAGCAGCAGCAGCAGCAUCAACAGCAGCAGCAACAGCAGCAAUUGCAGCAGCAACAGCAGCCGCCCACAGCAGCAACAGUGGGCGUGGGCGUGGGAGUGGGAGUGGGACAACAACAAACCUGAGCGCCUAUCAAUGCCAUGGUAUGGGAUCCUACUACUAUUGGUAGCUCAUCGCUGUUUAGCUCUAAGCUUAAGCCUCAAACGACUGAAAUAUUCUCACAACAAUUAUUUUUGUAAACGCGUCCUGAUUUCGUGUGCCAUACGAAAAGGAGUGGAAUGGGGAGCGGGACAGCAGGCAGCGUAAAGUAACACAACCAAAACUCCACUACAAUCACACACACACACACACACACACACACUCUCACAAAAUAUGCCUAGUUUAUACACUGAACGAAAUGCAGCUAGAUAUACAUAUGAAAAACAUAAACAAAAUGAAAAUCACAUAAGAAUUUUAGUUACUUAAGAGCAGCUAUAUUGUUGGCAAUUUCUGUUAAAUGAGUUAAUUAUAUUAAUUUUCAUAUUUUUUUUGUUAAGCAGCAAACAGCAAAUACACUACAAAAAACAGCAAACUACAGAACAAAAAAAAAAAAACUAAAAAAAACAAACAUAAUGAUAAACUAAAUGAAAAAUCAACCUAAUAAACAAAUGCUAAAGAAUGUUUUGCUUGAGUUUCUAUUGCGAGCAAAAUAAACAUAUUAAGAUAAACAAAAAGAAAACUGUUAGUGGACGGAUACUCGUAAAAGAUCAUUGCCAAAAGUACAAAUAAACCAAUUUUUUAAAGCAAACUAGAAACAAAACGAACGUAAAGAAUUUCGCAAUCAACAAAAGAAAACAAAUCAUAAAAAAUAAAUAGUUGGUAACAAGUUUUUACUGGUACACUAAAAAUAGCACUACAACAACCAUUAUACAUAUAUAUAUUUUCAAAACAAGUUUUCAUUUCAAUUAAUUUAACAAUUUGACUGUCUCUUGAUGCUGUUGCAUACGUUUCAGCGCCAAGCGAAUUCAAAUUGAGCGAAUUCAAAGCAAAUGACGUUAGUUCUCUUCGUGCAGAGCACAUGCGAUGCUCUUUCGAUCGCCUCUCUGUGCGCAAGAGAGCGCCAUUUGUGACAUAUUUCAUUUAACGUUAACUGCAAUUACACUCAUACUCUCAACACUCACACACUCAAAUACACAAAAAGAGCGUAAGAAGGGCAACCUACAAGAACAACAACAGAAUAUAAACAAAAUACAAAUUGAAUUUGCAUACUAACAUUUAUAUAUGCAGUAGUAUUUGUGCAUCAGGCGAAUUGAGCACAGCGAGGGGGGCUCGGGUGGGCAGAACUUUUUAGCUAAGCAUACGUAAAAAGCACAUAAAUAAGCAUAAAGCAUAACGAGUGAAGAUAAAAGGAAAUGUAUGAAAUGAUAGAAAAACAAGAUGAGAAGAAGAGCAGCGCGUAAUGCAUCAAGACAUUUUUUAAACAUUAUUCAUAAUUUAAACUAAGUUUAAGUAAAAAACAAACAAAAAACUACACACAAACAUACAUAAGUAUAUGAAAUAAAAUGAGCAACAAAAGAAGUUUUAUUUAUUUAUGCGCGCCAAAAAAAAAGGCAAAAACCUUUUUUAUGAAAUGUGCUGUAAAUGUUAAAGCAAUUCAAAUGAAAACUAUAACUAAAAUCCCCAAAAAAAAAACAAAAAAAAAGACUCGAAACCAAGCAAGUAUUAAGUAAACAACAACAACUAUAAAUUAACUAAAGAAGAAACAUUUUGCUUUUUCAUUUCACGCAUGAAUUUGCAUCCAUCCAAAAACAAGAAACAAAAUGGCAGCGCAACUGAAUUUCAAAUCAAAUUAGUCUAAAAACAAAUAAAAUAAAAACAUUAUUUUGCACAAAAAUGGUUAUUAAUAUAUAUGUAUACUUAUGCUUAUAAUUUAAACAAUUUGACGAUGAAAAUGAAAGUGAGGAAAAAUUGUGCAGAAGAGAAUCAUAAAUGUAAAACGUAUGUAUGUAAAGUUAAGGCAUGAAAGAAGAAGACGAAGAAGACUUUUGAGCAACAAGAAAAAACAAUGUUUUGAUAAAUAUUUAAAUGUUUAUAUAUAUAAAUAUAAAUUACGAUAAUUAAUUAAAUGAUUAACUGAUUACGCAAGCCAACAACUAUUAUAGUUUGUAAAUGCUUUUUAUAUAAUUUUCGAAAUAAAAGGAAAACCAACUUUUUGCCAUUAUUAA